ACCCCGUUGCAUCGUCGCCCUCUUAUCCUAGCACGCGUUGUUUGGUAGCACGGUAGCAAGAUGCCCGCGCACAACAACCAACUGCCCAAUGCGCACUUCAAGAAGGACUGGCAGGGUAACGCCGGUGCCUGCCGCGUGAGGACCUGGUUCAACCAGGCUGGUCGCAAGAAGUCCCGUCGCAUCGCGCGCGAGAAGAAGGCCAAGGCCAUCUUCCCUCGCCCGACCGCCGGUGCCCUUCGCCCCGUCGUGCGCCCUCCCACCCAGCGGUACAACUUCAAGACCCGUCUCGGUCGUGGUUUCACCCUGGAGGAGCUUAAGGCUGCCGGCAUCCCCAAGAAGCUUGCGCCCACCAUCGGCAUCGCCGUCGACCACCGUCGUCGCAACCGCUCCGAGGAGUCCCUUGCGCUCAACUCCAAGCGCCUCAAGGAGUACAAGGCUUCCCUCAUCCUCUUCCCCCGCCGCACCGCCAAGCCCAAGGCCGGCGAUUCCGACGCGGGUGAGCUCGCCAUGGCUAAGCAGUUCAAGGGUGCGCUCAUGCCCAUCACCAAGGAGGACAAGCCCCUUGAGAUGGUGUCUGUGACCGAGGAGAUGAAGGGUUUCAACGCCUACCAGAAGCUGCGCACGGAGCGCAUGAACGUCAGGCAGGUUGGUCCCCGCAUCAAGAAGGCGGAGGAGGAGGCUAAGAAGGCGGAGGAGGAGGCUAAGACUGCCAAGAUGAAGUAAGCGGCUCCGCCAGGAGAGUUGCGUCGGGCAGGGUGCCCGGCGCGAUCCCGCUUAGCUGUUUUGGUGUUUUGUCGGCGCCCGGGGGUAUUUUCCGGACGUCGGCUAGGGGUUUGAAUGCUGCCGGCAGUCCUAGCCGUCGGUUGUAACGAGAAGAACUUCUCAACGA